GCAGACGAUUAAAGUCCCUAGAUUAUUAAUUAGCAAAAUGCUAGCCAUUUCUUCUUCUUCUCCUAUGUUUUCCACAAAUAAUAAUAAUUUUGGUUGGCUUUUGGAGGAUCCAAUAAGCCAACAAAUAAAUUACAAUCCCAUAGAAACUUCAGAUAAUUCAGCUAUUGGCCUUCAUUCAUCAUCAUCAUCACAAAAAAGCCUUCAACAUUCUGAUUCAAAUAAAUUUGAUCAGAUUAUUAACGGUGGUGAUUAUCAUAAUCAACCUGAUCAGAUGGUUAAGAAGCUUAAUCACAAUGCUAGUGAACGUGAUCGUAGAAGAAAAAUCAAUAGCUUAUAUUCUUCUCUUCGUUCUUUGCUUCCUGCUUCGGAACAUACGAAAAAACUAAGUAUUCCAUCAACAAUAGCAAGAAUUCUCAAGUACAUACCAGAGAUACAAAGUGAAGUGGAAAGACUGAUUCAGAAGAAAGAAGAAAUUACAUCAAGAACUAUUUCCAGUAAAGAAAAUUCAGCUAAUUUUAACAAGCAAAAAAGAAGAAGAGGUGGAAUUGAGAGCUCUUCGUUGGUUAUUUCAGCAAGUCAAAUAGCUGAAAAAGAAAUAGUGUUUCAAAUAUCUACUUUGAAGAUCAAUAAAGGUUCAAUUGGUGAGGCUAUAUCAGAAUUAGAGGAUGAAGGACUUGUUCUAUUAAAUGCAUCUUCUUUUGAAACUUUUGAAGAUAGGGUCUUUCAUACCUUGCAUUUUCAGGUUGAAGGAACAAUGGUAGUUGAAGUCGACAUGUUAAGAGACAAGCUUUCAACAUAUUUUGAGAAGGAUAACAGAUUAUUAGUCUACAAAGUAUUAAUUAGCAAAAUGCUAGCCAGUUCUUCUUCAUCUUCUCCUUUGAUUUCUAAUUAUAACUAUGGCUGGCAAUUAGAGGAUCUAAUUAUGAGCCAACAACUAAACACUACUGCUUUAGAAACUUCAGAUUCAACAUCUCAAAAAAGUCUUCAACACUGUGAUUCCUCAAACAAAUUUGAUCAUCAGAUUAUUAUAGGUGAUGAUCAUUAUUAUCAACCUGAUCAGACGGUGAAGAAGCUUAAUCAUAAUGCAAGUGAGCGUGAUAGGAGAAGAAAAAUCAAUAGCUUAUAUUCUUCUCUUCGUUCUUUGCUUCCUGCUUCUGACCAUACGAAAAAACUAAGCAUUCCAUCAACAGUAUCAAGGAUUCUAACGUACAUCCCAGAGUUACAAAAUGAAGUGGAAAGACUGAUUCAGAAGAAAGAAGAUCUUACAUCAAGAACUAUCUCCAAUAAAGAAAAUUCAGCUGAUUCUGACAAGCAAGAAAGAAGAAGAGGUGGAAUUGAGAGCUCUUCAUUUGUUAUUUCAGCAAAUGAAUUAAGUGAUAAAGAAGUAGUGGUUCAAAUAUCUACAUUGAAUAUCAAUAAAGGUUCAUUUGCUCAGGCUAUAUCAGAAUUAGAGGAUGAAGGACCUGUUCUACUAAAUGCAUCUUCUUUUGAAACUUUCGAAGAUAGGGUCUUUUAUACCUUACACUUUCAGGUUGAAGGAACUAUGUCUAUGGUAGUUGGGGUUGACAUGCUAAGAGACAAGCUGUCAUCAUAUUUUGAUAAGGAAGAAAAGACAAUAAAUUUUUAGCUUUAUUUUAUUAGAAAGACGUUUGAUCAGGCUUUUCCUUUUUUCAUCUUUUCCCCUAAGACAAAGAGUCGUACAUUAUGUAAAGUCAAUCAAUUUACUAUAUUAAGCAGUCACGUGCUUAUGACAAUACUCCUUCAACAGAGAUUUGCUUGUUCCUUUUAGCAAAGCAAAAUGAUUUGAUUUAUCUUUAUUCUUUAAGUAACAAUUUUUUAAAAUUUAUUGGAGUAUUAGUAUUCAAAUUUAAAUUUUUUAAAACACAGAUUAUAUAAGCAAUUUAGUAAAGUAAAUACUUAAUUAAUAAUUUAUUAAGUAAAAUGUAAAGUCAAAUAGUGGACUAAUAAAAGAGAACAAAGGGAACACACCGUUUUUGUCUACUAUGGUCAGGUUAUAUAUCAAUUAAAUGCUUGGAAGUCAUUAAUUAAUUUAUCCUUGUAAGGAACAACAUUUUUUAUUAAAGCAUCUCAUUUAUUUAGAUUAACUUUAAGGGAUAAUUUUAUUUAUUUUUUGUUAUUUUCUAACACAUAAGAGUUAAUAACUUGUUUGUUAUACACUAAGACCCAACAUUUGUAAAAUGCGCACAUGAUAAUUAGGUAAUAGUACUUCAACGUUUCAAAAUAAUCUGGAGAAAAAUGUAUAAAAGGUCCUCAAACUAAAUUAAAAAUGGAUGGCUUAAUGCUUAAAGUAAAAAAUUUAUAUGUUCUCCCUCCGUCCCAAAAUACG